CAAAUAAUACACUUGUUCUUCGAAAGGAAGUCAGAUCGAGUGUGUUGCAAGUCUUUUGCAGGAAUCCUUUAGCAGUAACUCGAAUUAAUCACUAUUAUCCAUAAUUUUUUAAAUCUAAAAAUAGUCUUAGUAUGUACUGAUCUAGUCAGAGAUGAAAUAACGUAUCAGCAAAUUCAUCGAUUUAUCGCGAUUCAUAGAGCAGCAGGACUAUAACUGAAUAUCUACGCAGAAAAAAAUAAAAUGUCGUGGUCGAAGAAAGCUGGGGGCAGACGACCACCACCAAAACACAGUGGAGGAAGUGUCUCAAAACCUCCCAGACCAUUUCGAAGAACACCAUAUCCAAUGAGGGAGGACAGAAAAGAUGAUCAUCCAGAAUCUGACAGCUUUGAAAGCUUAGAUGAAGGGAUUGACUACUCUAGCACUGCAGACUAUGAGCAUUCACCACAUCAGUCAACUGCUGUUUCACCUGAAGAAUAUGAGGCAACAGUUCAACACAAUGCCAUAUACGAGAGGUUCUUCCAGCAGCUGCAUGGAGAUGGUGCUAGACAGCCUGCAGACUGUGUUGUCUUGUCGGUGAACAACCAGAAUGUGGAUUACCCCAAAUCGAUAGGCCAGUGUUUGCAGGAACGUGGCCUCUCGGUGGAAAUGCUUUACCUGCAGGUGGAAUCAGGCCUGACGCGGGCCCUCCAAGAUGUCCGCUCCGACGGUUCCCCCUUAUGUAUUCUCGUCGAGCAGACUAAUGUAACACUCUCCUCGUGCACAGUAAUCAUAUUUUCAGAGUCCCUCAAAAUUCAUCGAAAUAUGCCCAAAGAACAGGCCUUGGAGUUUGUGUUGGUGGAGUUCAGGCGCUUGAGCGGUUCGCAGCGGGUGCUGGACCCCACGGAGGCUGCGGCACGGGCGGCUGAGCUGACGGAGGACUAUCUGGUGCGCAGCAAGCUGGAGCGGCACACUGUUCCCUCUGCCACCCGCCACCUGCUCUUUCUCCUGGCCGAAGGUUUGCACCUGUACCCAGAGGAGCUCAACACACUGACAGAGUAUCUUCAAAACCGCCAAGACCAUCUGCAAGAAACGCCACCAAGAGAGCAGGCAAACCCACCCUCAGGGUCAGGAGAUACACCCCCAGGCCAUCACAGGGGAUUGCAAGGCUCAUAUCCCAAGACGAAACCACCUCCUUUGCUUUCAAUGCAAAAUCUAAAGCCACCUUCCCACAGAUCAGCUGCCCCCCAUAGUCUUUUACCCUCUCGGGCCUCUUCAGUCUCACACAGUUCUUCAUUUAGUCCCCCAUCUAGAGGGCCAGCAGCCCCUCAUAGUCUUGACAAGCCACAACCUCUGCUUGGCCCAGCACCUACACAUGGGCCAACGUCCACCCGUGCCCCUCUUCUUGAUACGCCUCUUGGUUUCCCGUCCUCUAGAGGACUAUUGCAGCAUCCGGGGUCUCAUUCAUCACGCGGGCCACCAUUGAUAUGUGGACCACCUACGCAGAAUGGACCUCGGGGUCCUAGAGCACCACCACCUUCACUCAGGAGCCUUCAUAUGGGAGCCCCAACAGGUCAGCAUCUUCUCAUGAAGCCCACCACCCCCUCAUAG